AUGAAGGUAUGGAAGUUUGCAGCCAUCGCCUCCAUGGUUUUCAGUUCCAUGCUGUCCAUGUUGGUUUGCAGAGACCUGUUUGGAGGGAGCCCUGCAUCUACCUUCUUCCCCUCAGCACUGUUCCCGAGAGCAUCCUCACCGCCCCCUUGGCUCGCCGAUGGUCAGAAGAGGCACCCGCGGGAUCUGGAGCGCCGCAGCUCCCUGAUCACCCAGUACAGCACGUUGUUCGAGAGCUACACUGAGGGAGAGAUCCGGCAGCUCAUCUCCACACUGAUUGAGAGGUACAGCCAGUCCAUGAACUCCGGGGGCCACGAACUGCCGCUCUUGGAGCGCGUGGGCACCCGGAUGAAGCGUGCCAAGGCCCGGCACAAGCCCUGCUCCCUCAAGGAGCUGGAGGUGACGGUCAGCGAGCUGGGCCUGGGCUACAAGUCCGACGAGACUGUCUUGUUCCGCUACUGCAGCGGCACCUGUGACUCGGCUGUGCGGAACUACGACCUCUCCUUGAAGAAUGUCCGGAGCAUGCGGAAGAUCAAGAAGGAGAAGGUGCGAGCCCGUCCGUGCUGCCGGCCGCUCUCGUACGACGACGACGUUUCCUUCCUGGACACGGGAAACCGGUACUACACCGUGAACGAGGUGUCGGCAAAGGAGUGUGGCUGCGUGUGA